AAAUGAUGAAUGUUUGGAAUGGAGGUAUUGGUUAACUUGUUUGUAAUUAAUUGACAUAAAAAUAUGGAAAAAAGAUACAAUUCAUUAAGAAAAAUUAAUUUGAAUUAACGAAUAUCCAUUAUCUAAUAGUUCUUGAUGAUUCUGGUUCAAUGGGAGAAAAUCAGGGUUUUUAACGAAAUAGUAUAUUAAAUCAACACAAUUAAAUUGCCACAUCAUAAAAUCAAUCUUAAAUUCCUACAUAAUAAAAUCAAUCUUAAAUUCCUACAUAAUAAAAUCAAUCUUAAAUUCCUACAUAAUAAAAUCCAUCUUUAAUACCAACAUAAUAAAAUCAAUCUUAAAUUUCAAAAUAUUAAAAUAUAUAAUUGUAAAAACAAACAUAUUAACUUAACCCUUAAAACUCAUACUAUCGUCAAAAAAUGUUAUAAUUAAAAAAACAAACUUAAAUUGCAACAUAAUAAAAACCAUCUUAAAUUUCAACAUAAUAAAUUCUACUUUAAAGUGCAACAGAAUAAAGUCAAUUUUAAAUUGCAAAAUAAAAAACUCCGUUUGAAAUUGCAAAAUAGGGCUGUAUUAAUUGUAUGAAGGAUAUAUAAACAAAUCCACUGGCGCGUGUUAGCCUUAUUAUUUUUAAUUCAGAAGCAAGAGUUGAGAUUGAUUGUGAGGAAGUGAAUGUUGAAGAUUAAUCUAAAAGGUUUACAUAUAAGAGCGGUAAUACAUGCUUUGAAAAUGCUUUUAAAGAAGUUUAUAAUUUGAUUUAAAAGCAUUCAAACAAAAAUUUUGAAAGUAAUUUACUAAUUGUAUUUUUUAGAACAAGUUAUUUUAUUUUACACUGAUGGACAAGCUGAUUACCCAAAAAAUGCAAUGGAAUAAUUCGCUGCUUUACCUUAGGAAUAGAAAUAAACAAUUUCUUUAAUUGUCUGUACAUAAGAUAAUUUUCCAGCAACUUUAUCAUAAAUGGUUUCAGAUUUAAAGAAAAGCGGUUUUUAAGCCGAGCUCUAAAAGAAUGUUUAGGUUGAGCAAAUAGAAUUAGUUUGGACAGAAAUUAUCUAAAAUGGAAUUCAUAUAAAGGAAUGA